ACCCCCUUAUUUAAACGAAUUGAAGAAGAUCAAUAGCACCAUUGCUAUUAUACCCCUAAAAUCCCACCAAAGAACUAAACCUAAACACUACACUCCCACCCAAGCUUAACUUGAAUCCUGCCAACUCUAAAGACCAGUUUCGGUAAGUUAACUUCCUCAGGACAGGUGGCCACUUCCAGCAUUUUUAUAAGGAGUCUGACGGGUAUGAAAGCUCUAGAAACUCUUAUGGGGGAGCUAAAGAGGUUAGUUGAUGUAUUAUAUACGUUUGGUACCAGUGUUGUUUUGGGAGAUGGACUGAGUGGGGGGUGAUACAGUCUGAGAUCCAAUACUGAAAGAUUGAGGGGGCCGAGAGACAUACCUAGAGACUUGCUCAUAUUUAGUUGAGAAUAAUUGGGAGGAAUUAAAGGAUGACAGAUUGGAAAGACUAAUGGAAGGAGAGGAUUAGCAAACUGGGCUCAAUGUCUUAUGCAGUUAUACCUCAAGCUACACCAAUGGUAGCCAAUCCACUGAGUCACUACAAUUCUUCAUUCUUGGGCAUACAUUAAUGCUGAAUAUUUCAAGAAGCCAGUACCCUAUUGCUAAGAAAUGGCAGUACUUUGGCUGCUGCCUCGUAAUUCUUUAUUGGUCUAUUUACCUAACUUUAUGUUAGCUUCUACGAUUGCUUUCUCAGGUAAUGGAGGAGCCAUUGGGAUUUGUUGCUAUGUCAUUGAUAUUUUGUACCUCUUUGUUGCUAUGAUUACUUAUGGGAUGUUUAUUGCACCAAAAGGAGGUAAAUUUAUAGCUGGAGUUGUUAUUGGAGCGGUUGGAUUUGCUAAUGUAUUGACCUUGAUGAUCCUUAUUAUUAGAUCUAAAAAUAAUGACUGUGAGGAUAGGUUUGAUUGACCGUUGUAUGGAAGUAUUCCAACAGCAGUUUUAAUUUUGAUCUUUGGUUAAGCAAUGAUAUUUCCAAGCCUUUAUUUUACUGCUAUGAUUUUGUCACAUAUACCAUCAUGGGAUCCUAAGAAGGUGCCUGGAAUAGGUGAAGAAAUUGCUGAGAAUGCUGCAGUCGUGAUUGAGAUAAAUGGACAGCUUCCGAAUAUGAACCUUAAUGCUGACCAAAACUACCCCUACGCUAAUCCAAAUCCAGCGAAUCCACAACCCCAAAUGUAUUUCUCUUAGGCUCCACAAAUGGUGGUUAUGGAGCCCUUGCCAAUGGAUCCUAAUGCAGGAAUGCAAAUGGGAGUAGCACCUGAUACUCAAAAUAUUCAAAAUACGGUUCAGCCAAAUUCUCAAGUUUGAUACAACUCUGGAAUUGCAGCUAUGUACACACCGAUUGGCCCAGAUACCACUGUAAAAGAAAACAUUGAAAGAGCCCAAGCUGUUUA